AUGUCAAUGUUGCGUGAUACUGCAGGCGAGAAAGACUUUGAGCCGCCGACGGAAUUCAUCAAGCUUCUCACCCUGGCCGACGCCAUCGGGGACCCAGACAAGAUUUGCCUCAAGUUCCCUCCCGUGGUAGGAGUUAACUAUCGCCUGACGAGGUAUGCCAGGCUCGACCACCAACCAAGACAGAGCUGGUAUAAAGACGGAUGGCAGGUAAUCACCGGAUGGGAGUGCGGCGACGGCACCACAACAAGUGCAACCUUACUGCUGUACGCUUACAAGUAUUCCGGGGGUACGCCCAAGGAGCAAGUGCCGCAGUGGCGUGUCUACACCUGGUCCGAGGGCGAUGAGCUGUGGUUCCCUUCCAUCGCAGACUUUGUGUACUUUCGAUGCCGAUGGAAGGAGUGGAUGUCUGGCGGGUUGUCGGAUGAUUUGCCGGAUGCGCAUUGGCUCUAUGGAGGUGACGGGAAUGAUGAAGAUGAGGAUGAGGAUGAGGAUGGUGAAUAG